AUGCUCCUCAGUCUGAGUAACUCCUCCUUCAUCUACGGCUCGUGUGUGCGUGGGCCGCCCCAGCACAUGCACUUAACCCAAAUGAAGGAGCAGACGGGAGAAGGGUUAUUCCUGACGGCAGUGGCAGCGUUUGAGGUGUGGGCCUCCUCCUCCCGCCCCAUGGAGCUCGCAGACACACGAGAGACGCACAGACAACACUGA